CGAAUGAGUUAGGUUUUAGACCUUUUUAAUGGGUUUCAAACACUUCCGCCACUGAUUGUGCAAUUUCUGGACACUUCCACCACUGAUUGUCUCUAAUUAUUGAGUUUGAAAAUCGCUACGCUCCACAAGUAAUUCAACAUGUAAAUGCACUUGUAUAACAGUUUGGUUGAGAAGAAUUGGAAAUAAUAAUGGAAUCAUGGCUUAUCCUCGUUAUCAUCCUCAUCUUCACUUUCUUCAUCUCUUUCUUCCUCAAAUCCAAUAAACAGAAGAAAUUUCCACCAGGACCCUCUGUUUUCUCUGUGAUUACCAGCUUCCUACGCGCUGAUGCUAAUAUAGAACUCAUCGCGAGGGAUCUCAAGACUAAAUAUGGUCCUAUUUUCAACUUGAGAAUUGGAAUUGGAAUUGCAUUUCGUCGUCCUUCCAUAUUUGUUGCUAGCCACUCAUUAGCGUAUCAAGCUUUAGUUCAGCAAGGUGUUGUUUUCUCUGACAGGCCAAAGGCUGCUCAGACCAGUGUAUCCAUUCACAGUAACCGAAUUAUCCUAACCACCCUCCCCUAUGGCCCAACAUGGCGCCUCCUUCGUCGAAACAUUGUAUCAGUUAUCCUCCAUCCUUCUCGCACCAAGUCCUACUCUAAUGUCCGAUCUCGGGUACUCUCUACCCUUAUUCAACAGCUCCGUUCUGAUUCUGAAGCCACACAAGUGAUUACAUUAAUUGAACAUUUUCGUUUUUCCGUGUUCUGUCUUCUUGUCCUGAUGUGUUUCGGGGACAAGAUAGAUCAGCAUCAAGUCAAACAGAUAAAAGAUGUACAACGAAGAUGGAUUCAAACCAUGGGUCGAUUUGUUAAUCUCAGCUUCUUCCCAAGAAUAAUUCAAAAGAUCAUUUUCAGGAAUCAAUGGAAGGAGCUAAUCCAAUUGAUGCAGGAGCAAGAGAGUGUAUUUAUACCUCUGAUCGAGGCUCGAAUGAAACCAAAAACCGAGGAAGAUGUGGUGGCUUAUGUAGAUACAUUGCUGGAUUUAGAAUUCCCUGAGGAAAAAAGGAAGUUUAAUCAGGGAGAGAUUGUUAGCCUCUGCAGUGAGUUCCUUACCGGUGGCACCGACACUACAUCUUCCUCAUUGCAAUGGAUUAUGGCUAACUUGGUUAAAUACCCUUGUAUUCAGGAAAAACUAUACCAAGAGAUAUGUGAGGUAAUGAGAAGAGGGAAUUCGAAGACGGAUGGAGUGACAGAGGAGGAGGAGAUAGUGAAAGAGGAAGAUCUAGAGAAAAUGCCUUACCUAAAAGCAGUGAUCUUGGAAGGGCUAAGGCGACAUCCACCAGGUCACUUCCUGCAGCCACACACGGUGACCGAAGAAGUGGAACUCAACGGUUAUGUCAUCCCUAAGGAUGCACCAAUCAAUUUCAUGGUUGCGGAUAUGGGAUUGGAUCCACAAGUGUGGGAGAAUCCCUUGGAUUUCAAUCCAGAUAGGUUCUUAUCAAGUGAUGAUACAGAAGCGUUUGAUAUAAUAGGGAAUAAAGAGAUUAAGAUGAUGCCUUUUGGUGCAGGAAGAAGAGUAUGUCCAGGCUAUCUCUUGGCUCUGCUCCAUUUAGAGUACUUUGUCGCUAAUUUGGUCUGGCAUUUUGAGUGGAAGCCUGUGGAUGGAAACAAUGUUGAUCUAUCUGAGAAGCUCGAAUUCAUCGUUACGAUGAAGAAUCCAUUGCGUGCUCACAUCCGUCCUAGGGUAAACAAACUUGAAUGAGCUACCUGCUAAUGUUGUUUGUUUUUCUUUCUCUUCAAGUUGUUGAUGUUUACAUAUGUGUUGCAUCUCUAAUGCACAAACAGUUGAUGUAUGUUAAAUUCUAAAUUCAAGUGUUAAAAGUCAAACUUCAUGCUAAAAUAAUCAAAGAACGAAAGAUUUGAAUA